GUCCUCUGCUACAAGAAUGAUACUGAGUUGCUGGAACACAUUCAGAGAAGAACAAUGAAACUGGUGAAGGGACUGGAAAACAAGACCUAUGAGGAGCAGCUGAGGGAACUGAAACUGUUUAGUCUGGAAAAGUGGAGGCAGAGAAGGAGAGGCUGAGCAGAGAAGUCAUUGCUGUCUACAACUACCUGAAAGGAGGUUGUUGCGAGGUCCCUUGCAGCCAUGAUGAAAUCUAGAUGGGUGCAGGUACUCCUGAUUCUGGCAGUUCUGUCCUUCCUGAUCCACUUCCUAACCUGCAGCAAUGCCCCCAUGGAAGAUAAGCCUUCUCCAGUCCACAUCCUCAUUCUCUCCUCCUGGCGGUCAGGAUCUUCCUUCACUGGACAGAUCUUCAGCCAGCACCCCAGUGUCUUCUACCUGAUGGAGCCUGCAUGGCAUGUGUGGGUUGCUAUGUACCAGAACAGUGCCAAAGUCUUACAGAUGGCAGUGCGGGACCUAGUCAGGUCGGUCUUCCUGUGUGACAUGUCUGUGUUUGAUGCUUACAUGUCUAGCCAGAAGAAAAAGUCUGAUUUAUUUCAGUGGGAGACAAGCCGAGCCUUGUGCUCCCCCCCUGCCUGUGACUCAUUCAGGCGCAAUGACAUAAUUACUGCAGGAAAUUGCAGGACAGUCUGUGGCAAGUACCCAUUCAGCAAGGUGGAGGAAGCCUGUAAAACCUACAGCCAUGUUGCCAUCAAGGAGGUUCGGUUCUUUGACCUGAAAGUCCUCUACUCCCUCUUCACUGAUCCAUCCCUGAACCUCAAAGUCAUUCACUUGGUCCGGGAUCCUCGAGCUGUGUUCAGGUCCCGAGAGAAUACAGUGGUAGACCUGAAACGUGACAGUGACAUUGUUUUGGGGUCCCAGAAGAUGAAGGGAGAAAUGGGACCCUACAAUGCUAUGCAAGAAGUCUGCAAAAGUCAUGUUGAGAUUUACAAGGCAGGCAGGCAGGCUAUUCCCAGCUUCCUGAAAGACCGUUACCUGCUGGUUCGUUAUGAAGACAUUGUCAGAGACCCACUAGCAAAGGCUGCUCAGAUGUACAGGUUUGCAGAACUCCAUUUCACACCGGAACUUCAGAAAUGGGUGCACAACAUUACCCAUGGGAAGGGGCAAGGAGGACAGGCCUUUGAGAUCGGAUCCAGAGAUGCGCUGAGCGUAUCCGAGGCCUGGAGGAAGACCCUUCCAUUCCAGAAAAUAGAAAAAGUGCAAAAUGUGUGCAAGGAUGCUAUGGACUUGCUGGGCUACCGGCUAGUUCAUUCUGAAGAAGAACAGAAAAACCUGUCACUGGAUCUCUUGCUUGGCCAGAACUCCUCUGAGUAACAAAUUCAAAAAGGCAGAAAAGCUGCUCGUUGUACCUCCUCUCUGAAGGCUGCAGGGUGGAGAACUGUUUACCAGUGCAAAAGAGGGCAGAGGGGCAUCUCUGUGUGUGCAUGUGAUGAGUGACACAGGAACCCUGACUGCACUCCUGGCAGCUUUCCCAGCAGAAUAGGCUCACUCUCCAAGGCCACGACAAGGGAUGGAGUAAUGCAAGUAUGUUUUCCAAACUAAGUCCAGGGUAUAUGCAAAAGAGGAAGUAUGUGUGCUGGGAGCAGACUCCCGGAGGAGUGGGACCAGAUAUCACAGCUUGAUCUCCCACAGGCUGCAGCUAAGUACUAGUGAAACCACAUGAAGCAACUGCACUGUAGAGGAAGAGGAGACAAACAGAAGCUGAAUAGAGAGAACAUUCUUUGUCAUGCUGCCACUCAGGACAUACAAUGCCAAAAGAGGCACGAGGGUAACCGGAUGUUGUUUUCUGGGAAGAUGCUCUUUUCAGAAUGGCUAAGUUUUCAAGUUCAGUCUUUCUCUUGUUCCAUUCCUGUGUUUGAAUGUCCAGCACUGGUGGUAAUGUUGGCAAAAUGUCUGUGUUCACUUACUAUGGAACAGGAAAUUUGAAUAAACCAUCUAUAGUUGAAAGUG